GGGAAGAAGGCGGACAUAUUGGAGGGGCAAAUGUGUUGCUUGAAAAGUGGCCGAAGUUGAAGACGAGCGGAUUAUUGGAAGAAAAGUGUCGCGGCGUUUGGGAUCUUACAAAGCGAGAUUCAUGUUUAUGUUAAGCCAAGGUUUUUACGUCAUCACUCAUUUCGGAACAUAUCGAUCGAAAUCAUAACUUGUUUUUUUGUGUUUUUUUUUUAAAUUGAUCGAUUUAUUUCGGUUUGUGCGGUUGAGUUAUGAAGGCGCGCUGCGCCGUGUGCGGGGAGCCCGGCGUGGCUCGGCGCCCGCCCGGCUGACAUUGCGGGGCUCCCGCUGUAACCUUGGUGUGGGGGAUGGGGCCGUGUGGCCGGGUAACCAUCUUGUGUGGUGGCUGCUGCUGCUGCGUGUGUGUCGGCCCUCGUUUCAAAGGUUGCCAAGUCACGUUAAUUCCAACGUCUCGGUGACUUUGUGUGCAUAAGAUGCGGGUUUUCUUCGAAUCUCCGUCAGAACAUUAAUGUCAAUAGGUGGGGCGUGGUGUGUUCGACAAGGCCCGUUUAUAGGCGGUGUAAUGAUGUGGAUCAGCGUCGGCCCGGUCGGUGGACUUUCCCGAAGCGUUGCAUGUCGUUUGAAACGUGGCUGCGAGUUGGCCAAUAACGGGGCUCGCUGGAGCAGACAGGCAAACUGCUGUGUCAUUCAGGGGAGGGCAAGAUGGCGUGACCUGGGUUUGCCUGCUCUGUCGGGUGUUGCUGUUCUGCAAAAUCGGUCGAGUUUAGAGGCGCGACUUCGGCUCCUAUAGUGGAGUCACGCUGACCUGCGUUCGAGUGUCGCACUACUCGGGAGUCGUGCUUCCCAGUUGCCAAGGCCCCGGGUCGGGACUCCCCGUGUGUGGGCUCGGCUUUAGAGUCACGUCCUGCAACUUGAAAGACGCUUUUCUUUAGCCGGCGUGUCUCAUUGGUGUUAAUGCGCAUCAGCCGCUGGAUUUGGCCACUUUAUCUGCUUCGCAAAAGGGAUUUAUUCGAGCUGAGCGUUAUUGGGGGUUGCGCUUCAAAAUGGCGACUAGGCGCAGCCGGGCGAUGCGGAUGUUCGUUUGUCAGACUUGAGGGCGUGGGGACGGAGGAAUACGCGUGACCUCGUGAAGCGGCCAAUGACAUUCUCUGCCUCUGCUCGGGAAGCCCGCGCUGGGGUGGCGUUGGCCAAUCGCGAUCGCUGUUUUGCCCACGUUGACGUAACGUAAUCCGAUAAGGACGAGGCCGUCCCGGGACCGGACGCGUUUCGUCCGUCGCUACGAGGCUUAGCCAAUCACGAGCGGCACAUUUUCGAGGCCGGGUGCGUCGGGCGAAUGGCGUUGCACCGUUUCUUUGACGGACAGGGAGGGUUCGCGAAUUGGUCGGCCCGAAUGGCGGUCGGCGGAGUUUCGGCGUUCGGGGGCGCGGCUAUCGCGACGGACGUUGUAAGCAGCGAAUAGGAAGUCGGGGGCGUGGACCUUCUUGGGUGUCGUAGCCAAUAGGGCGAGCGGUGGGGUUAUAAAGACGCGGGUGUAGUCGCAACGUCGCCAUUUCGCUGAAGCGGUGUCUGGAAGUCUUGUCGGAGGGGACGGGAGAGAACGGACGAACAGAGUCGGAUCCCGAUUUGAGUAACUUAAAAAAGAAUCCGGAUCCAUCCUGAUGGAUAUGGCUCUAAACCCUCCCCUUGACAGGUAUCUACUGGUAAAAUUGACUCAUUUUACCAUCGGAGGGAAUAUUGUUAAGCUGUUUCUUCUUUUUUUCUUAUAAAUGGAUAUCUAAAAUAGCCUCUUGUUUUUUUGUAAAUUCCUCGGAGUGGAGUUAGAGAAACGGACGUUACGGAUGCAGCACGAACGUGUCUAUUUCGCCUGUACUGGACGUAGAACGACAUUAAUCCCGAAAUGCCGUAACGACAAACGUUAGUUUCUCCCUGGUCGGGGUGGAGGUUGGCAUGACGGGAGUCUCCACCAUGGACCAGGGCUCAGGCGCAGCGGGCAAAAGGAUCCGCAAGCCUUCGCUGCUCUACGAGGGCUUUGAGAGCCCGGGGUUGCCCCCCCUGGGCCAGAUGACCCCUAUUGGACCUCCACAGCCACCUGUGAGAGACCCGAGCCGACAGGGAAGGAUGACCAACCAGCUCCAGUUCCUACAAAAGGCCCUACUAAAGUCCCUGUGGAGGCACCAUUUCGCCUGGCCCUUCCAUGAACCUGUAGAUGCCGCCAAGCUCAACCUACCUGACUAUCACAAGAUCAUCAAGCACCCCAUGGACAUGGGAACCAUUAAGAAGAGACUAGAGAACAAUUACUACCGCAGUGCCAGUGAAUGCAUGCAGGACUUCAACACCAUGUUCACCAACUGCUACAUUUACAACAAGCCAACAGAUGACAUAGUGCUGAUGGCCCAGUCUCUGGAGAAGGCCUUCUUGCAGAAGGUGGCUCAGAUGCCUCAGGAAGAGAUUGAAUUGCCCCCUCCCCCACCUCGGGGCAAACCGGGCAAACCAGGCAGGAAAAGCCGGGCAGGUGCAGUCUCUGGAGGAAUUACUACAGCCCACCAGGUCCCAGCCGUCUCACAGUCUGUGUACUCACCUCCCACCCCGGAAACACCCGAUUCACUCCUCUCCACACCCCCACAGACACUCCUCUCCAAGAGCCUCCUGCCAAACCUGCCCAUGCCACAGAGCAGCCCAGCUGUGAUGGGUCUGCCACCCACACAGCCUACUGCCAAGAAAAAGGGCGUGAAGCGUAAGGCUGACACCACUACUCCAACCACCGUUGCCAUGCCCAUUAUGGGCACCAUGGGCGUCGGUGGCAUCGGCUUGGGGAUGGGUGGUGGGCACGAUUCCCCGCUUACCCUCACCUCCCUGGGGGUGGACCACAACUCCAGCCUGGGCAUGAACCAGGGCCUAGGGCUUAGCCAGGGAUUGGGAUUGGGAAUGGGAAUGGGAAUGGGUCGUGGUGGGGGGAUGAUGGGAACCAAAGCGCCCACAGGAGGCAGGAGGGGUGUGAGCGGCCGCCCCAUUAAGCCUCCGAAGAAGGACUUGCCAGACUCAAUGUUGCCCCAGCCAGUGCGUCGGAGCAAGCUUAGCCCACAGCUGCGCUACUGUAACGGUGUGCUGAAAGAGCUCUUGUCCAAGAAACAUGCGGCAUACGCCUGGCCUUUCUACAAGCCUGUUGACGCCACAUCGCUCGGUCUCCACGACUACCACGACAUCAUCAAGCAGCCCAUGGACCUCAGCACCAUUAAGAGGAGGAUGGACAGCAGGGAGUACCGUGAGGCCCAGCAGUUCUCCGCUGAUGUUAGACUAAUGUUCUCCAACUGCUACAAGUACAAUCCCCCUGACCAUGACGUGGUUGCCAUGGCAAGGAAGUUACAGGAUGUCUUUGAGUUCUGCUUUGCCAAGAUGCCAGACGAGGCACCAGCACCUCCUAGCUCCUCCUCCUCCUCUUCCUCCUCCUCCUCAUCGUCAGAGAGUGAGAUCAGCAGUGAGAGCGAGGAGAGCGAGAGUAGUCCGAGCUCCGACAGCGAGGAGGAGAGGGCAAACCGCCUUGCUGAGCUGCAGGAACAGCUUAAAGCAGUGCACGAGCAGCUCACUGCCCUUUCCCAGGGUCCCAUGGUCAAACCCAAGAAGAAAAAGGAGAAGAAAGACAAGAAAAAGAAGAAAAAGCCAGAGAAAGAGAAGCACCGUAGGAUAGAGGAGGAGCCCGUGCCCAUCCGGCCGCCCAAGACGCCCAAGAUAACCAAGACUCCCAAAACAAAAAGCAGCCGGGGAGUGUCGGGGUCCACUGCACCAGGCAAGAAGGCACCAAGCAGGAAGAACAAUAAAAGCAAGUCCAAGAAGGCGAGUGUGGCGGUCAACAUGCAGCGCACCGACCCGGUCCCCCAUCUGCCUCACUACGAUUCAGAUGAGGAGGAGGAGACGGUGCCCAUGUCCUACGACGAGAAGCGUCAGCUCAGCCUGGAUAUCAACAAGCUGCCUGGCGAGAAGCUGGGCCGCGUGGUUUACAUCAUCCAGGCCCGUGAGCCCUCGCUCCGUGACACCAACCCAGAGGAGAUUGAGAUCGACUUUGAAACACUCAAACCCUCCACACUCCGUGAGCUAGAGAGAUACGUCAUGACGUGUCUGAGGAAGAAGCCUCGCAAGCCGUACGCGAGUAAAAAGGGCGGCGUCGGCAAGUCGCGUGAGGAGCUGGCUCUGGAGAAACAGCUGGAGCUCGAGAGACGGCUGAUGGAUGUCAGUGGGCAGCUCAACUCGGGCAAGAAGCCUCCCAAGGCCAAACCUGAGAAGCCAACAGUGGCGGAGCCUCACGCCCAGCCGUCACGCCUCAGCGCCAGCAGCUCCUCCUCAGACUCCUCUUCUUCUUCUUCCUCCUCCUCCUCCUCCGACACAAGCGACUCUGAUUCAGGCUGAGCGGAAGACAGAGCAAGGUGGUGGUGUGUGUGUGUGUGUUGGGGGAGGGGGGGUCCUCUGGAGGAUCGAGCUAACCAGGCCCGGUCAGAGCCAUCUCUUCCCGCUGAGCAGAGUGAACUAUAGUAGGACUACUGAUAACAGAACCACGGGGCGCACUGAACUGCCCCGCAUGGCUGCACAGAAGCCAGUCUGCCUCUGAAGUGUGUAAAGACAGAGUGGUGGGUCUUUCUCCACAUUCUCCCCAUUAAUCCAUUCUUAGCCCUGUACAGAGGAGAAGAGCAACAGAUGGAUGGAUGAUGAAGAUAGACUGGAGGCCAGGUCUUGCCCAUGUCGGACAGAGCGAGGGACGCUCCAUCUCCUGUGAAAAGAGGAGCAACCUGCGUGACGGGGGCACUUGGGUGCUAGAGCCAGAACGGGUCUUAUUCUGAAGAUGACCCCCCUUUUUACGAUGCUCCCUGUCUUGAUGCUGUAUAGAAACCAUGUACAGUCUUAUAAAUAUCUAAUUUUCUUUCAUAAAGAAGCAUUUUAAGGAGCUUAUUUAUUCCCUGGUUCAGGGGAAAGACGAACUGGCGCGGGUGGACUUGUGGUUUUAUCUUUGUUGUUAACAUUUUUUCUUUUUCGUCUUUCUAAACUAAAGUGUGUAGGGGUGGAAAACAGGUGUGUGUUUGUGUGUCGUCUUGCGCGCACACAUACACGUGUGUGUAUGUGCGUGCGUGUGUGUGUGUGUCUGAGAGGGGACACCCCCCCCCCCCCCCCGCUUGAACCACAGGCCUUGAAAAGUUCCUCAUAGUAACGGGGGUGAAAUUUGAAAACACAUUGACACAGAAGCACCUUGUUCAGUAAGUACAGAAGCAUGCUGUCCAGAGGCGCUGACAGACCUCUCACGUCGACCUGCAGACUCCUCAGUUACUGCUUUAUUUCACACCUCUGCUCUGUUCUCUGCAGAGGUUGGCCGCUGUACAGGAAUUAGACAAAGUUAAAAGGUGUCUUGUUUCCAGAACAACAUAUAUUUCUGUUUUCAUCUCGGCCAUAUUCUCUCAUUUUCUCCUCCGCCGUCUCCAUUUCUGUGUAAAUGUGUUUGCUUUUUAUCUUUGUGACCAAUUCUAAUAAAUUGUGAGGACGCGUCUCGUCAAAUAACACCUGGUUCAUUUGAUUUCUUACGUAGUCCGAUCUGUCUUGCUUUCAUUUUUGCAUUAAUCGGCAAAUUUCCGAAUGUAUUUUCAAGUCCUGAACGAGUUUUUCUCCCUGCUCUCACAUUUCGACUUCUACGUUAAACAGACGUGUAAAGUUGGGCUGCCCCUUAACACCAUUUGACCUGGUAGAGCCGGCGGCUCAUUUCCAUGUCCGGGUCCGGGUCUGGUUUUGAGAGCCGAGUUCCUUUUGUGGUGUGAUUUAACAUAGAAGUUAGACCAGGUGUGGAAGUCACCGACGGCCUCAUGGCGACCAGUCCCAGGCUGGUCUUGGUUGUGCCUGGUGAGCCUGUCUGUUGGCGGUACUGGCAGAUGGUCGACAGCCUUCUCUUAUAAUCGGGCGAUUGGGCUGAAAAGAAAUUAAAAGUGGCAAACUGAUGCAAGGACCCCCCGGCCAGCGCUGGGCGGGAAGCAGUUUCCUGCACCGGAGUCCUGAUGAUGCACUGUUUUGUCUGUAGGUCCUACUAGCGCCCCUUAGGUUUUAUUUGUCUUUCUGAAGUCGUUCAUGGUUUGAGAUUGAAUGUGUGUGUGUGUGUGUGUGAAAUAAGAUAUUUAUUUAGGAGUGGAGAUAGUUUGUUUGUUUCUCAGUAUACUGAAAGGAUUCAGAAGCCUUUACGUCGACAAGAGUCUGCAAGUCUGUCCAGACGGAAGGCGGCGCGGUGGGGGUGACAGAACUGUACAUACUUUACAGUCUUUUUACAUUUUGGAGCAUGAUCAUCAUCUCAUCUCAGUCACACUUUGACUUUUCUUUACCCAGCGGAGGUGGUUUUACUUGUCCCUCUUUCGUCCUCCCCUAGGCAGAAGUACUCCAGCUGUCUUGUAGUCUUACUUUUCUGAGGUUUGUCAGAAAUCGAAAUGCCUCUGUACUUGACUCCCAACAUUUAUCUGAACGCCUGUACAUAAAUAAACUUGAGAAAUGUUGGAUCUUUUCCCGUCAACUG